GCACCUUCUAUGUUCAACUCGAAGAUGACAUCCUAGCCAAACGACACUUUAUAACGUCGAUGAAAAAAUUUGCCAUUACAAAAAGUGCUUUAACUAAACCGGAUCAGGCACCUUGGUUUCUCUUAGAUUUCUGCCAACUGGGUUUCAUAGGUAAAAUGUUCAAGUCGGCGGAACUGCCCUAUCUAAUAACAUUUUUCCAAAUGUUCUACAAUGAAAAACCGGUCGAUUGGCUAUUGGGCUAUUUCAUCGAAUCCAAGGUCUGUCGCACCGAUCAAGAUCAAAAGCAUUGUAAUCAGGAGAGAGCUAAAUACUGGCUGCACUAUCGUCCCUCACUGUUUCAACACAUCGGCACGAGUUCAUCGCUUAAGGGCAAAGUACAAAAACUCAAGGAUAAACAAUUUGGUUCUAAAGUUCCCACCUUCUAUGCGCAUGCCCAUAAUCCACCAGCCCUAGUUAAAUCGAAUAUAGCGGCCUAUAAGAAUUAUCAAUUGAAAAGAGCUUAAGGGGAGACCUAUUUUUGGGGCCUUCUACCACAACCGGGAGAUUUGGUGCAGUUUAUAUUCGAUAAACCCAUUACCCUUAAGCAUUAUCUCUUUCGCAGUGGUAAUUCUGAACAUCCCUCAGAUCGUUUCUAUAACACUACCAUAGGUCUACCCGCCGAUACUUUAAGUGAAAGUUCACCGGUGUGGAGUUUUUAUAAUUCAACCACUGAUGGUUAUCUGAUAGUGGGCAAUUUUGAUGCCAUGGGCGUGGCAGAGGGUUCAUUAGAUGCAAAAAUUGGUGCUAUUAAAGAAAUGCGUUUACAUGUUCAUGGUGAUAGUGAAAAUUGGGCAUUAUUAAGUGAAAUUGAUUUACAGGUAGAAACUAAAAGAUGAUGGGAUUAGCUUGAUCUGCUAGAGCUGGCAGAGACAAACAACACUAACUAACACUUCUCCUAAACAACAAGUUUCAAACUGUGUUUUCAUAUUAUAGUUAUCCAUGACCUAUUUAUUAAGGGAAGAACAAAUUAAAAUUAGAAAAAUUUAUAAGAGCAUACAUAGAGGAGAAUUUAUGUGUGUGUGUUUGAGUGUAUUUUAAAGGUUUUCUAUUGAGUUUUCUAAGUGUUUUUUAUAUAAAUGUAUUUCUAUUACAUACUUACAAAACCAAAAACAAAACUCCUUUUUGUGUAAGUGUCUAAAAUGUUGUGACAUUUUCGUUUAUUUUUUAAGUGUAUAAAGUUAAAUAAACUUUUAGUAAAUGUGAAAGAACGCGGAGCAAAGAAUUUUAUAAGGAUAGUAAAGGAUAUGGAAAAUUGAUGCCAUAAUUGAUACGAUUUUUUAUUUAAAUAUGAAAAAGCCAUCUUUAUUUAUUUUUUUUUUUUGAGGUUAUGUUUUUGUUUUAAAUUUUUUUUUUAUUUAAUUUAUUUUAUUAGGUGAGAGAAAAGAUUAGUUUCUGUUGAAUUAAAAAAUUAUGUUUGAUGGAAAGUCUUUUUGAAGAAAAGAACGAAGGCUAGAGUUGAUAAACUAUACUCUAGUCUAGAAGGAAACUCGAGAUGAUCAUCUAUACUCUGAACUAGCCAGAGACUCGGGUUAUCAAUUACACUCUAGGCUAGACAGGGAUUGAUUGAUCAAUCUAUGCUUGAGUUAAUCCGAUACGAGUCAGAGACUCUGUCAGAGCAGAGUUGAUCAACUGUAAUCUCUGACUAGACUAGAGUUAAGCAAUUCUAUCUGUGACUAGACUAGAGUUAAGCAGCUCUAUCUCUGUCUAGACUAGAGUAGAGUUGGUCAACUCUAGUCUAUGUCUAGACUAGAAUAGAGUUGAUCAACUCUAGUCUCUGUCUAGUAGAGUUGAUCAACCACUAGUCUCUGUCUAGCAGAGUUGAUCAACACUAGUCUCUGUCUAGACUACAGUAGAGUUGGUAGACUCUAGUCUAUGUCAAGACUAGAAUAGAGUUGAUCAACUCUUGUCUCUGUCUAGGCUAGAGUAGAGAGUAGACCAACUCUAGUCCCUGUCCAGACUAGAGUAGAGUUGAUCAACUCUAGUCUCUGUCCAGACUAGAGUAGAGUUGAUCAACUCUAGUCUCUGUCUAGGCUAGAGUUGAUCAACUCUGGUCUCUGUCUAGACUAGAGUUGAUCAACUCUGGUCUCUAUCUAGAGUAGAGUUGAUCAACACUGGUCUCUGAUCAACUCUAGUCUCUCUGUCUAGACUAGAGUUGAUCAAAUUCUGUCUCUGUCUAGGCUAGAGUAGAGAGUAGACCAACUCUAGUCCCUGUCUAGACUAGAGUAGAGUUGAUCAACUCUAGUCUCUGUCCAGACUAGAGUAGAGUUGAUCAACUCUAGUCUCUGUCUAGGCUAGAGUUGAUCAA